AUGGCCACCACAAACGCCAACAGCGUUGCAACCUCCUUCAUUAGCACCUACGGCGCAUCCGAUAUAGCCCGCUCAGGCAUAUUCGCCGCCUUUGCCGCUGUAGCCUGGUACAACGUCAUCGAACUCAUAAUCCUCUGUUUCUUCUCCUUCAAACGUUGGAACGGAAAUUAUUUCUGGAGUCUACUCCUCUCCUCCGUCUGCAUCAUCCCAUACUGUCUCGGCUUCGUCCUCCUCUUCUUCCGCACCGGCGUUACACCAUGGCUAUGCGUGACACUCAUCGUGCUGGGUUGGUACGGAAUGAUCACCGGCCAGUCGAUUGUACUGUGGUCACGGCUGCAUCUCGUGCUUCAGAAUAGGAAGCUAUUGCGCGGUGUGUUGUGGAUGAUCUGUAUCAAUGCUGUUAUAUUCCAUAUCCCGACUACGGUCUUCUUAUACGGGACCGUUGCGCAUCCGGAGAGUCUCUGGGGCCGCGCAUACGAUAUCAUGGAGCGCGUUCAGCUGGUUGGGUUCUGCGUGCAGGAAUUGAUUAUUUCAAGCAUCUAUGUCUGGGAAACGGUUAAAUUGCUCCGUCUCAGACCAGAAGGUCGUCCACAUGGAAUUCUGAACCAGUUGCUGGUUAUCAACAUCAUUAUUCUGAUCUUGGAUCUCUCCAUCGUCGUCAUUGAAUAUGUCGGCUAUUAUGCCGUCCAGGUUAUGUUCAAACCUGUCGCUUACAGUAUCAAGUUGAAGCUUGAAUAUGCUAUCCUUGGUAAACUGAUCGCCAUUGCCCGCGGUCGCACGGAUAGUCAGCAUGUGGACUCCUCCAGUACGCGGGACAUCACUGAGACCAGCUCGUUUCCGUCGGAUCGGCCUAUGAGUCUGGAGUCCCCCAUGCGGGAUCGUCGACAGUAUAGUCCGCCUUGGUUUUGGGAAGGGAGGAGCUCCGGUCAUUCUACAUCUACUUCAUCUCGUGCUCUGCGGAAUGCAUGA